AUGGAGAAUAAUAAUGAUGGAAUGUUUGGUACACCUGAGCAUAGCUCACAUCCUAAGGUUCACAGCUUGAUGUGCAGUGAGUUGAAAAUGAUGUUGGAUAAAGUUACUUCUAUUCUUCCAUCAAUAGAAGCGGCUCAACCAGGAUGUAAAGCUGGCAUAGAGGAACUAUGCAAUCUAUACAGCAUAGUUGACAAAGGGAAACUUAUAAUCCAGAACUGCAUUGAGUGUAGUAGUCUUUAUUUGGCUAUUACAGGAGAAGCAACAGCAAUGCGAUGCGAAAGGAUUAGAAACUCGAUGAGGCGGAGCUUGUUCCUGAUUCAGAAUAUGGUCCCGUCUAUGUUGGCUGAUCAGGUUGCUGAUGUACAUAAUGAUCUCCGAAAUAUGAAAUUCCUUGUUGAUCCAGCAGAAGAAGAAGCUGGAAAAGCGGUCUUGAAGAUGCUUCGACAUUCGGAUGCAACUGAAGAACUUGAAAUGCAUACAUUCCUUCUAGCAUGUUCAAAGUUAAAUCUGACAUCACAGAAAGCUAUGUUAAUCGAAAGACGGGCAAUCAAGAAAUUACUAGAUAAGAUCAAUGGCAACGAUCCCAAAAAGGAAGGUAUCCUCAGUUUUUUCCUGUAUCUAGUCAGGACGUACGGAAAGAACAGCAAGCCUGAGACAGGUGCAAAGAAUGGAACUGCGAGUGAAACUACAUGCACAAAUGUAAUUUCUAGUGACACCGGUGCACACAGAAAAUGCAUUCCAGGUGUGAACUCUGGGACAGGGAGAUAUGAUGAUCAGAAUAAUUUGUCAGGACUUGCUACACCACCUCCAGAGCUCUGCUGCCCAAUAUCUAUGAAGCUGAUGCAUGAUCCUGUGAUAAUAGCCUCUGGACAAACUUAUGAAAGAGAAAAUAUCGAGAGGUGGUUCAGUAAAGGAUACGAUACUUGUCCUAGGACACAAGUAAAGUUAGAAAACUUUACAAUAACUCCAAAUACUUGUAUGCAGGCUGUUAUUUACAACUGGUGCAAAGAACAGAAGCUUGAAUGCACUUAUUUGCCCGAGCAAUUUCAUAAUUACUCCCUAUCAAGUUUGCACGAUAUCUCGGCGCCCCUGAUUGCUCACAAAAACUUUGAUUACAUGGUCGAGCAUAGCGGUUCAUCAGUUGCAUUAUCUGGUGCUAGUUACUUAUCAUCCCCAGUCAGGGAAACAGAUGUGCCAAAAACUAGUUUUACCCGGUUUUAUUCAAAUGUCAAUUGCCAGUUGUAUCUGUCCUUCUGCAACUUUGAUAAGGAAAUGUUUCUGAAUUUGUUUCAAGAACUCUCAGAGCUCCCGGUGGAACUGCAAAGGCAGUCUGUCAAAGACUUAAAAGCUGUCCUGAAUAGUGAAAAUGAGGUUUGGCAGUCCAUGAUCUCCAAUGGCUUUUUAGAAGCAUUCCUUGAAUUUCUUAAGAAUGACAAUCUCAGAAGCACAUUACAAGCUCAGAAAACUGGAAUUUAUUUUUUCCUUACGUUUCUUUGCAAUAGCAGGACUAGAAUUUUAUCUAUCACUGAAGAUGCAGUGCGGCUGAUUGUAUCGCUUGUUGAUUCUGAGUUAAAGCUGGAAGCUUUGCUGAUACUUCAUGAACUGCUGCAUCAUCCAAUUUGUCGGGAAUCUCCUCUCAUGGCCUCGCUUGUGGCUCCUUCUGUGAUUGUAGCUUUGGAUACUGGAGACAAUGAGUGCUUGCAGCUCGCUCUAAAGAUGAUCUGCGAACUGUCAUCCAGUAAUGACGUAAAAUCCUUACUUAUUUCUCCAGGCAUAAUUGCCAAGCUGUUUACAUUGCUCAGUGAAGUAAGCUUGACCGAGUAUUGCCUGAAGAUUAUGCGGAACUUAUGCGAAGUGAAACAAGCUGCUGAUCUUAUCAUCAGAUCAGAGCAUUAUAUCGGUUCAAUUUCAGAUCAUCUAGACACAGGAAGCCGCAGUGAGCAGGAGCAUGCAUCUGUUAUCCUUCAUACGGUAUGUUCCCGCAGCACCGAGGCGGAUCGUUUUCUUGUGAUGAAGGAAGGUGUCAUACCUGCCCUUGUUGAUCUGUCGGUUUAUGGAACUGAGGUGGCAAAAGCGUCUUCAAUCAAGCUGCUUCAAAUCUUGGGGGGCUCAGGGGUAGCUCAUGCUGCUGUCGAUGGUGGAGUAGAGAGCUCACCCAAUGGGUCGAUCUGCAAACAGCCGAUAUCCAAAUCUGCUCGGUAUAUCUCAAGAAAGCUCAGCAUUUUCUCAAAACCCCGGUCACGAAAUGUCCUCUGA